AAGGGCGAAGUGGUGCGCUGGCUGGACGGCUCCGCCAGCGAGUUGGCCUCGACGAUGCGCAGCAUGCCGUCGGAGCGGUGGGUGCGAUGUCGCAACAGUCAAGGCGCCGAGGGUUUGUUGCCUAGCAACUUUCUGCUUCGUCUCCUGGAGCCACAUCUACUCGAGCAAUACCUGGCCCGGCGGCCGCAGGCGGAGGCUGUCUACGAGUUCGCCGGCAGCGAACCGGGCGACCUUGCACUGGUGGUGAGUUCGUCGGAACCAAGACAAACAUGCCGAAAAUUAAAGUACCAAAAUAAUGCAUACUUUAGGGGAAAUUUAUGCAGUUUUUUUUCAUCAGUAAUAUGA